UUAGCGUUGUGUUCAGUGACUUCUGUGAGCGAGGAUCAGGAACGCUGCUCUGUGAAGACAACCUCACAUUCCUGGAUGUCCCCGUCCUCAGAGCGGACUACAAAUCUGCCGUAAUGAUCGCAGUCAGCAGAUCCAGGUCUCUUUAUCAGAGACUAAACAAUGAUAUCAAAAGCAGGCUGGCGGCUUGCUCCCUGACUCUUCACACUUCGCCCAGCGCCACAACAAACUCGCUCAGGGAUGUUGACCCGGUGGUCUUUGCCGUCAGGAGAGGGGAUGUGGAGGCUGUUAAUGAUCUGGUGACAUCCUCUUCUCACAGCCUGCUGAAGGAGAACAAAGACGGGUGGAUACCCUUGCAUGAUGCCGCCUACUGUGGACAGACCGAGUGCCUGAAGACCCUAUUGAAGGCCCAUCCAGGCUCAGUAGACAAACGUACAUUGCAGGAGCAGACGGCGUUGCUGCUUGCUGUGUCUUGUGAACACUUGGCAUGCGUGCGGUGCCUUCUGGAGGCAGGAGCUGACCCUGACAUCAGCAGCAAUAACAAAGAAACUCCUUUGUACAAAGCAUGUGAGCUGCAGAAUGUGGACAUGGUGAGCCUCAUUCUCUCAUGCGGGGCCACCGUGAACCAGCGGUGUGGCCAGGGGUGGACGGCCCUGCACGAGGCCGUGUCCAGAAACAACACGGAGAUCUGUGAGAUACUAAUAAGAGCCGGGGCCACCAUCAAUCCACCGAAUACCUACAGCAUCACACCUCUCAUUGUAGCAGCUCAGCGAGGACAGAUGAGGGCACUGUGUUACCUUAUUGGGAAAGGUGCAGAUGUGAACAUGCAGACAUGUGAUGGAGUCACCGCGCUGCAUGCGGCCAGCAAAAAUGGCCACAGGGAAAUCGUGGCUUUACUGUUGAGUAAAAAUGCAGAUGCCAACAAACCCACUACCUCAGGACUGCUGCCUCUGCAUGUUGCUGCCCAGUACGGACACCAUGAGAUUGUGUCCCUGCUUGUCUCCGUGACGAGUCGAGCCAGGCUCCGGCACAGUUGGAUCAGCCCCCUCCACCUGGCAGCAGAGCACAACAGACACACUGUGGCAGCUGUGCUGCUGAAGACAGGUGCAGAUGUAAACGCCACACUGGCCCACAGUCACUCCAUCCAGUAUGCUGAUCGACGGGCCACAGCCCUCUACUUUGCUAUUGCCAACGGCAGCACCAAGACAGCAGAGGUCCUCCUGAACGCCGGUGCCAGCCUGAGCCUGGAUCCAGUCAGCCCUCUGCUCAUGGCUGUACGUCAGGGCUGCGUCAGCACCGUGUCUCUGCUGCUGGACAGAGGGGCCGACGUGAAUGCCACAAUCCCAUCUUAUGCUACUACAUUCCCAGCUCUCGUCGCUCUUUGUAUGAACAAUCUGCCUCUGCUCAAGUGCCUGCUGGACAACGGCUGCGAUGCCCUCUCCUGUUUUGCCUGUGCUUACGGCAGUGGCCCUCACCCAGCUGCAGGAGAAUCCAGUAUAAGGACUGCUGGCAGCAAUGGCUUUGUUUUGCAGAAUGACAGCAUGCUUCCUUUAAACUGCACCGAGCCACCAGAAAGGGCAACGCAGUUCUGCGAGUGGAUCUCGACACCUGUCAUGUGUAAAUGGGCAGGGCCAAUUAUAGACUUGCUGCUGGAGCAUGUCGGUCAUGUUCAGCUGUGCAACAAGCUCAUCGAACUGCUGGACAGCCGAGAAGAAUGGAGCACUGUUAAGAUGAAGUCACUGUCACCGCGUCCACUGCUGCACCUGUGUAGAUUAAGGAUUCGGAGCCAGAUGGGGAGACACAGACUGAGAUCUAUCACAUGCUUACCUCUGCCAAACAGACUGAUCAGAUACCUGACGCUGGCUGAGUGACUUUAAGAUGAACCUCAAGCAAUAUAGUCCUCAGAGAUAUGACUAUAUUUAUCUUUUUUGUGGGUCUUUUUAUAGCUGUAUCUGAUAUCUGUAAAUGGUCCUCUCAAAGAAAUUCUCUAUGUAUAAAUAUCUAUUUAUAAUAUAUGUGAUGUGACAAUAAGGCUCUUUAAUCUGUCCUCCUUUUUUUCCCCCCCACAGAAACCUUCAGUGAAAGGUAAAAAUGAUCUAGUGCCCAAAGGAGUUCUUGAGGGAAGUAGAAUCAUUUAUUUAAAAAUAAAAAGCCAUUGUUCCAAA